AUGUUGAGCGUAGACUCAAUCUACAACUUUCUCAAAGUUAUGAGAUGUCCAGCACUUGAAAACCUCUCGAAUACUGGAACGAUUACUCGGCACCGUGUGGAAAUUCGUCUGCACGCUGUAAACGAACAAUGGGAAGAAUUUUAUGCGAAUCAUAAGGCCAUUACUUUAGCAUUGUCAAUGCUCAAGUAUAAUGAUUUUGAUCAGGUAAGACAACAUCCUUAUCUCUCUCAAAACAUCUACUCAAGCACAAGAGAGUGCUAUUUGGAAACUGCCGCAAAAAUGACUUCACUCCUAGAAGAUUUUUCAAACGUAUUAAAUAGACCAUCACCACAACCAUCAGAAUCUCAACCGCCAACAUUCACUGCGUUGCGUCAUGGACCGCGAUUACCACGAAUUGAUUUACCAAAAUUCAAUGGAUCAUUGUCUGAUUGGUUACCCUUUAGGGAUUUAUUUUCUUCUAUAGUCCUUUCUAAUGCUACCAAUUCUCCUGUAGAAAAAUUACAAUACCUCAAGACUAGUCUUAUUGGUUCUUCUUCUCAUUUAUUGAAGAAUACCGCUCUUACAGCAGACAAUUUUCAGAAAGCUUGGGAUUCUCUCACAGCAUUUUAUGAAAACGAUCGUUUAUUAGUCCAUUCAGCAUUACAAUCUCUCUUCUCAAUGAAAAGAAUGACAAAGGAAUCAGUUGCGGAAAUAGAACAACUUUACACUUCCAUUAUGCAAAUUUACCGCACUUUUGAAACUUUACAACGUCCAAUUGAUACCUGGGAUGACAUACUCGUGUUCAUGAUGGUACAAAGAUUAGACACAGAGUCUGUGAAAGCAUGGGAACAUCACCUUGGAUCAUCUAAGAAGCUACCAACUUGGGAUCAAUUUCGAGAAUUCUUAAUGACUCGAAUGUUAACUCUACAAGCCUUUGAGAAAUCUCAAAUAAAACCUUCCUCUCAGCUUCGUAAUCAAUCAGCAAGGUCGCAUUCAGUAAGUUCAAAAUCCACGGGAGAGAAGCCUGAUAAAACUUGCUUACUUUGUGAAGAAGAACAUUACAUCGCUUAUUGCCCCAAGUAUCAACAAAAAACUAUAAAACAGCGUUUAGAUCUUGUUUCUGCAAAAGGACUUUGCUUUAACUGUCUCGGACAUCACAGAGCAACAAAUUGUCAAUCAACGAGGCGAUGCAUCAAAUGUGGAAAACGCCAUCACACGACCUUACAUAAAACAUCAACACAAGAAAAGACGAAAACUACAUCCGACGUGCGACCUCAAACAUCGUCUUCUAUCGAGCUUGCAGCAAACACUCCACCAACCGCUAAAGAAUCAACUAAAGUCGUUCAUCAUAUUCAACCUGAGAGUUUUGAAUCUAAUCCAAGCGUGCUGUUAGCCACCGCCAAAGUCAAAGUUGUUAACCAUCAUGGAGAAAUUAUUUCAGCGCGGGUUCUUUUAGAUCAAGGUUCUGAAGUAUCUUUAGUGACUGAAAAACUAGUUCAACAACUGCAUCUCUGUCGAAAAGCUUCUCACCUUUGUUUGAUAGGAGUUGGAAGACAAUCUUCUGGGAAAACAAAAGGAAUCGUGACACUUUCAUUAAGACCUCAUUUUGACACGAAUACAGAAGUUUUCAUUACUGCCUACAUCUUUCCUAAGUUAACUUCAGCACUUCCAGCAGCAUCACUAGCCUCUUCAACGUGGCCUCAUCUUCGUAACUUACCAUUAGCAGAUCCUGAGUUCAUGAAACCAGGAAAUAUUGACAUUAUCAUUGGUGCUGAAAUGUAUGGUCAAUUGUUGGAGGGAUCUAUUAGAAAGGGACCAUCAGACGCUCCAAUAGCACAACUCACUAAAUUUGGAUGGAUAAUUUCUGGACCUACUAAUGCUAUUUCCGCCAAUCGAAAAUCUCAAAAUUAUCACUGCACAAUUGAUUACGAUCUUUAUGAGUUAAUAAAACGUUUCUGGCAUCAAGAAGAAAUUUGCCCUGCUCAAAUCACCAAAUUAUCUUCUGCUGAACAAAACUGUGAAAAACAUUUUGCUUUGUCUCAUUCUCGCGAUUCUACUGGGAGAUACAUAGUGCGAAUACCUUUCAAACUGCCGCCUGAGCAAUUAGGCGAUUCCAAGCCCUCCGCGUUAAAAAUGCUAAAUCAUCUCCAAAGGAAAUUUCAAAAGGAUCCGAUGUAUUAUAAAGCUUAUUCCUCCUUUUUAUCAGAAUAUGAAAAUCUUCAACACAUGAGCAAGGUUCCUGUUGACGAAUCCAAGCCGGAACAAAUUUUUUAUUUACCUCAUCACGGCGUCAUUCGAGAAAGUAGUACCACGACUAAGUUGCGAGUCGUCUUUAAUGGAUCUUGUUCUGUAAUUAACGGAUUAACAUUGAAUGAAGUUCUUCAUACCGGUCCCAAGCUUCAAACUGAUAUUUUCGAUGUUCUAAUCCGAUUUCGGCAGUUCCAGUACGCCUAUUCAUGUGACGUAGAAAAAAUGUACAGACAAAUCCAAGUUCAUCCUGACGAUCAAAAAUUUCAACGAAUUUUGUGGAAAGAAAAUCAGAAACUUAUUUCAUUUCAACAAUUAAUAAAGACUUAA